AUUUAUAGUUUAGAAAAAAAUGAAAAAUGCUUGGUCAACAUGAAUUUUUUCGACAAAAGGAACCUGACUUUAGUAAAGAUCCGGGGAAAAACAAAAUUACCGUUGCAACUUCAGAAGCGAAUGGUCAUACUUUCGAAGUGUUAAACAGUGAUUCAUUAUUUAGCCAUAAUCCAAGAAAAAGUAACAAUUCUAUUAUUAAAGUUCAGCAGUAUGCUCAACAUCGAAUAAAUUAUAAAAAAACAACAAUCGAAACUAAUAGCUUGCAAGAUACUUUUAUUGAAGAGAUAAAACAACAGGUUAAAGAUUAUAGUAGAGAGCAAAUAAAAUUUAAAGUAAAGCCCCCAAAAAAGACUGGUACAAAUACAGGACUACUUUAUGAACAAAAAAUAUAUAAGUUAGAAAGAAAAGUUGAUCGCGAAUGUUUAUCUCAAAGCGAUAUAGAGCAUUUAGUGAAAUACACGGAAACUGGAUUAGGUACCAAAAUAAUUGACGCGCUAAGUAUUCCAUUAAUUCCUCUUAAAUGGGCUCUGAAUGAUUACUCUAAAAUUACAUCAUGGGGAAAUCUAGAAAACAAAAUACCUUUGUAUUCAAUGCAAGUUUUAGCGUAUGCGAUUGAAAAAGGACAAUGCGAGUUAGUAAUGAAGGUGCAUGACGAAAUUAUUAAUUCACUUAAUCAGCGAGUUAAAUUAACAUUGGGCAAUAUUCCUCUUAUAGAUAAAUUUAUAAAAUUAUUAGAUUCGCCAUUAAAAAAUACAGCUGCUAUUGCUCUUGGUUACUUGGUAACGCAAAAUGAUAAGUUUAAUGAUGCUGUUUUUAUUGUCAAAAAUAAACUUAGAGAACUAAUAACGCUUCCAUGUACUAUUUACGGAAGUAGUAUUGAUAAGAACACUUACCAAUAUAUUAACUAUCGUGAAAUAUCUUUUUUGGAAUUAAGACUCAGAGCUAUGAUGAGUCUUGCCACAAUGGCAAAAAAUAGAUUUGAACUCCCGGAAGAACUAUACAAAUUAGUUAAAGAAACUCUAAAUAAAGUAGAAGAAAAUCCGUAUUUUUUCUUGCCUACGAGAUAUAAAGAGGUGAACCAACAUUUAGGCCAGAAAAAUCAUCGUUCAAUAUGGAACCGGUUUACUAAUCUAGAGGAAGCAGUAAAUAGCGGAGAAUUAUUAUCUGAAGAGGAUUUCGAUUAUUUGCAUGAACAGUUAUUAAUUAGUAACCAGAAAAACAUGAAGCAAAAAGUAGAAAUAAAAAUUAAAGUCUUAAGAAUCUUUUUAAAGACAUCCGUAAUAAAUAAUCAAAGAAAUAACGAGAUUCAUAAAAAGUUUUUAGGAAUUAUUACAAAACAUCUUGAUGAAGAGGACGAAGAAACAAAAAAACUAGCAUUUCUGUGUUUAUGCCAUUUUGAUCUAGAGCAACCACUUGCAAAAGAUUUUAAACUUGUCUUUUUAAAGAAAGGAUUAGAGAAAAGCAAUGAUAUUCUUAUUGUGCCUUUAUCAAGGUUACGCGGAUCAAAUGAGCAAACACGGUACCAAAUAAAUGAACAGGUUAAAAAGGAUAUAGAAUAUAGAGACUUGGCGAUUUAUAGUUUAACAAGAUUUAUAGAAAACAAUAAAAAUAUUUCUGAAGAAUUUCAACUAUAUCAACGCUUUGAGGAAGUGUUUGCACGAAUCAAGACAGCUGCGAUUUGCACAUUUAGCGAUUACGUAUACUUUCAUGCUCUAAAUUCACCAAAGAUAGAAAAAUCUUUAGUAAAAAACCUGCAAGAUUAUCAAACCUUCAAUAAUGAUAAAUUAAGAAAAGCUGCUAAUAAUGCAAUUUUAUCAAUUGUUUCAAACAUUGAUCGGUAUCCUGAAUUACAAUCAUUGCUUUCGUUAAAUAAUCUCGAGGAUUUGAUUUGCAGCAAAGAUCCACAAACCAAAUGUGAAAUUUGUUACGCUUUUGCUCAGUUUGCAUACAAUAAACAAUACAUAACCAACAAAGCACUUGGAAACUUAUUCAACGCAAUUACUCAAUUAGACGAAAAUAAUCUUUGGCUCAUCAAAGCUAAGGGUUAUUCAAUUCAAGGAGUUGCACAUGUGAUAAAACAAUUUACAGAGCAGGAAAAGCAAGUUCAGGAUCUACCUCUGAUUGAAGUCAUAUUUAUAGAACACCUUUUUUCCUAUUUAAGCAAUAAAGACUAUCAAGAUCAAGUAAUUUUUUGUUUAUUGCAAUUUUCAAAACUGUUUUCAUUUAAUGUAACUCCUGAGACCAAAAUAAUUGAAGAGAGUAAAAGAAACAUUAAGUCCGUUUUUGAGCGGAAACUAGGUGAGUAUACCAAGCAUCCUAUAUCAAAUUUAUUUUCGAGUGCUUGUGAUAGCUUAGGAUAUAUUAUUAGUACCUUGAAUAAUUUAGCUAAAGCUAGAUUUACACUAGAUUAUAAGGUUACAGAUUUAGUUUCAAAAUCAAUAAUAUUAAAAGAAAACCGUAAUAUUCAAUCGGAGGCAAUAGCAACUUUAGGCAAUGCUGCAGCAAAUCCACAAAACCCAGGCUUCUCUGAUAUUACCUUGGAAAACUUAAUAAGGGCAUUUUCAGAUGUAGACCAAAUUAAUCAAGACAACAUCAGAGCGACGCUGAAAAUUUAUCUCUCAAUUGGAAUAGAAACUAGAAAACUUUCGGAUUCUAUGAUAACGAAAUUUAGUUGGUACCUACAUGAUAAUCAUAGCGCAUUAAAUUCUGCUCGGUUUUUAGAAAUAGUAGCGGAGAAUCGUAUAAAUAAUUUUUCAGAUGAUGUACUAAGACGCAUUGUGAACACUACUUUAAAUAGUGAUAACAUUGAGUUAAAAAUAAAACUGGCCGAAACAUUGAUUGCUUUUACCAAACACAGACAACUCAGUGCUGAAUAUUUGAAAUAUGUAGAGGAGCUUUGGUCACAUGAAGAGCUACAGGAGUACACAUUAAAAAUAAUCAUAAACGUUACAGCUUUGAACCCUGAGCAUGCUAACGAGCUAUCGAAAGAGUUCUUUGAAAAAACACUUUUUGUUUUUAGUUAUAAUGGUAAGGUGGGUAUUAAGAUAAGUAUAUGUAAGCUUUUUGCGGGAAUUUCAAAUAGUAUAUCUUAUGAAAUAUUGCAAGUAUUAUUAGCAGCUUUAGAUAAAGAGCCAGUAGUUAAAGUCAAGCAUGAAGUAGUGAAAAGUUUGAAAAAUUAUAUUUUUCAUUGUAAAAAAGAAUCGUUAAGUUCUGAAUUACUGCAAGGGUUAGCUAAAGCGUUUUGCAUAGCUACAGCAAAUAACAAUCCUAUUGCAAGUGAAUUAGAUUUUGCGAAAGAAUUAAUAAACACUAUUUCUUUAUUGUGUAAAAAAAAUCCCGAUAUGUUGUCUUCAGACCUUAUUAUAAAAUGUGCUAUAUUGUUAGAAAAGUGUUUUGAUGAAGAACUUCGCAAGGACGCCAAGGCCAUUUUGUUUAAAGUAAGAAAUGAACGCAUUUUCAACGAAAUGGUAAAAAAAACUAUUAGAGUUGAAGAGAAGGUAAAUACAUUGCAAAUAAGAAUACUUUCAAAAGAAAGAGUCUAUGAACUCAUCAAGCAAGUAGAAAAAGAAGAAUUGUUUACAAUAAAUUAUGUCGAAACACUCUCAAUUAAAGCAAAAGUCAGAGAUGGUGCACACGAAGAAGCGCUAAAGGGGCUGCAAAAAGCUACCAAUUCAGGCAAAAUAGUUGGUAUAAAUGUAAUAAACAAUCUUAAUGAAUUACUUGAUCUAAAUCCGAAGUACGUUGCCCAAAUUUUAUCCGAUAUAAGUAUACAGAACGGUGAAAAUUUACCAAACAGAGUGAAAGAGAACGUUGAAAAAAAUUGGAAAGAUCGGAAAGAUGAUAAAGUAUUUUUAAACUUAUUCAUAGAUUUGCUGUCCAAACAUUACAUUCCUGAUUCUUCAUGUACAAACUGCUUGCUUGAAUUAGUGACUAAUGCUGACUGCCAUAUUGCUAAAACAGCGAUUUUAGGACUGAGUUAUAUAUCGCAAAAACAUUUUAUUGGUCAAUACUUAACGUUAGAAAAUAUUAAAUUGUUAAUUAGGAAAUUAGCAGAUAUUUAUUAUAAAGACGUUGAGAGAAGUAUAAUAAAUAUAAUAAGUUUUUGUCCGAAAGCAUUAUUGAACAGUGAGAUUAACAAAGAGUUUGAUAAAAUAAAUGAUCUGAAGGCACUUGAAGCAUCAUUUUCCACCCUUAAACAUGAUGAAAACGAAAACAAAACAAAAAUCUUACAAGAUAUAACAAAGUACGACGGCCAUAUUUUGAAUAGUACUUUUAGUAUUUUACAGAAAGUUCUUGCUGUGGAAGAUGCCGAAAAUCAUUCUAAUAUUUUAAUCACUCUUGCAAUUCUUAAGCAAGCAGCUGAAAUUAAAAUAGUAUUUCCCCAGAGUAUUAUACAAGCAAUUUUUAACUUUGUCUUAGAAGAUUUUUUUCGAGAACCAGCUUUAAGUAUUCUGUUAGAAUUAUGCAGCUAUAACCAAGAAAUUUUUGAACUUUUGCAUAGAGAUGAAGAUAAACUUGACGUCAUCAAAUACAUUACACAGAGUCAUAGUUCUAAAGAAGUAAAAGCCAUCGCUGCUAAGAUUUUACAAUUUUAUUUGCUCAAAAAAGGACUAGAAAGAAAGUACUCAGUCUUUGAAAAAGUUUAUGACUGGGAAAGUAUACUUUAUUUAUAUAAAAACAAAAAAGAAAGUCCUAAGAGUUUAGGAAAGCAUGAUAAACACAAAAAAGAAAUAUUAUUUGAAUUUUGGUUAAAAAAAGUUGAUAAAAAUUUUAAUUUAGAUUUAGUUCAAAGAAAUCAACUUCUUUUUUUUUUCAAUAUAGAACAUGUUUAUGUACAAGUCUUAGCUUUAAAAGAGAAAGAGAAAAAUAUUUGUUUUGAUACUAUUGUGAAAAUUUGGAUAAUUUCUAGAAUUUCUUCUCAGCUCCCGUCAAUGGAAAUUGAGGAUAAUCACCAAACAAUAAGCUUUUUAUGUAGCUUUAUACGUCAGGUACCACGUUCAGAAUCCAAUCAUGAAAAAGAAGUGACAGAAAACACACCAGGAGUACAACUCUCUAGUCGGUCUGUUGAAGAACUAAAAUUUAUUGACCAUAUACUAACCGCUGUCUCUUAUCAGAAGGUAUCUGCAAUAGCAAGUUUUGUUAAACUAGUCGAAAAAUUAAAUCUUCCCUUUGCAACAAUAUCAAGAAUGUUAAAUUAUCAAGGUGAUCAUAAUAAGGUAGAACUUAGUAAGUUGCAUGACAUUAUUGCAGAAAUAAAUCUUAUUAAUAUACCACAAAGAGAUUUAGAUGAACUUGAAAAAAUUGGUUGGGAUAGAAAGACAAUCUUAUUUCUUAAAGUGGCGAUGAGUGAAAAGACUGGUGAUGGUACAGAUACUGAAUUAGUUAAAAUAUUAACUAGCUUGUACAACAAUAAUAUUGACGUUACAUAUAAACAUAAAGUUUUAGAAAUUAUUCAAGAAGAGUUUAAAGGCGAAUGGAUAAAAAAAUUAAACAAUUUUAUUUGCAAAAAGCAAUUUGAAAACAAUACGAGUGAACUUAAUACGGAUGAGCUGAUAAAAGAAUUUUUUAAUUUAAACGGUUCACCUUUAUCUAGAACCAGCAAAGAAUUGUCCAAUUUUUUUUUUAAAGUUCUUUCAAACGGAAACAUUUUUAAACAAAGUGAGUUUUUCUCACUCCUAAUACAAAAUAACUGUCCCAUACAAAAAUGGAAAAAAGAAACAAUACUGUCUUGGGCUAAGCUAUUGAAAGGGUACAAAAAAAUGGCAAACGACUGUGAUUUUCUUUCCGAGAUGUUAGCUGUUAUUAACAGAGCUGUUAUUUUACAUACUACUGUUGGUGAUUGCGAAGGUUACGAGCUAAGAAAAGCUCAAGUUCUUAGCAUUUUAUCCUUACUCGUUACACAAACACAUAAAAAAGGGAAAAAUAUUUUUGGAAGGUUAGCUCAAAUUUCUACAGGUGAAGGGAAAUCGCUUAUUAUUUCUGCACUAGCAGUAAUUAAAGCUUUGCGUGGAGGAACUAUUGAUAUUAUCAGUAGUUCACCAUUGUUAGCAAAAAGAGAUGCCAUGCACUUUCAAUCCUUUUAUGAAAUGUUUGACAUAGAUUGUGCUGACAAUAGUGGAGAUGAUUAUUUUGGAGUGGGACCAAAGCCAUGUUAUUCUAAAAAGAUAGUUUAUGGAGAUACAAGUAACUUUCAAUAUGAUCUUUUAGCAGAAACUUUUAGCUCAAAUUUGUUUUACUUGGCUGGAAAUUGUAAUGAGAUUGGAGUUAGAUACGGAAGAAAAUUUGAAUGUGCUAUAGUCGAUGAGGUUGAUAAUAUGUUUAUUGACCAAGAAUCCAACAUUGCAAUGAUUUCUUAUCCGUUUCCAGGUAUGAGUUAUCUUGAAACAAUUUUUGUAACAAUUUGGUCUUUUGUUGAUAAAGCUGGAGUAACCAAAUCAAGAGACAAUGAGUUUAUACCAAAGUUAAAAGUAAAAAUACAAAAUAAAAUUAAGAAAAAAGAAAUAAUUGUUCCUCGACAUUUGGUAGAUUUUGUUGAACACAAAAUUGACGUAUGGAUUGAGAAUGCUAUCAAAGCAAAGUAUUUAUACAAUCAAGGAUGUGAGUACCGAAUAGUCAACGAAGAAAUUAAGUUGGUAGACUGCAAUAACACCGGUAUAACUUGUCAAAAUACAAGAUGGGAAAACGGUUUACAUCAAUUUUUGGAAAUAAAGCAUCGCCUAAAAAUCCAUUCAGAAAGUUUGGUAACAAAUUACUGUACAAAUGCGGCCUAUUUUAAGCGUUACGAAAACAUUUUAGGUUUAACUGGUACUCUUGGUUCAAAGAGAGCGCAAGAUUUUUUAUCAAAUCUGUAUGGGGUUGAUUUCAUUAAGAUUCCUCGCUAUAAAAUGCAACAGUUGAAGAAGUACCCGGCUAAAGUAUGCAACACAGAAGUCAAUUGGCUCGGUAAAAUUAAAGAUAGUACGCUACUCGAAUUAUUAAAAGAUAGAGCCGUUCUUAUAAUUUGUGCAACUGAAACAGCUGCAAAUAACGUUGAAAAAAUAAUUGCAAAAGAAAAAUUGGAUAGAUUUAGCAUUAAAAAAUAUACAACUAGCGAUAGUGAACAUAAUUCUGUUAUUGAUGAUAUAAUGAAGCCUGGCGAAGUUAUUAUAGCAACAAAUUUAGCCGGAAGAGGGACUGACCUAAAAAUAUCUGACCAAGUUAAACUCAAUGGGGGUUUGCAUGUUUGUAUUACUUUUCUUCCAAUGAACCUUAGAGUUGAGGAACAAGCUUUUGGUAGAACGGCAAGAGAAGGAAAACCUGGCACAGCGGAACUUAUAAUAACUGGAGAAUCAAGUUAUGAAGAGCUAAGAAAAACUAGGGAUUGUGCAGAAAUUAACACUUUAAAUUACGAUGAAUUUACUGUUAAAGUUAUUAAUGAUAUUAAACAAAACUUGUUUGAUAAGUAUUGCGAUUUUCGUAAAGAUUUAAUUAAAGAAGAAAACAGCCUUAAAGGUAAUGCCCUUGAUAAAAUAAUGUCAAAUUGUUUUUCAUCAACUAAAUGCAGUGAAGAGGAUAUAGCUAACAAUUUGUUCAAAGAGAAUAAAUGGCAAAUUAAGUUGUUUUACAAACUUAAAGCCCUUGACGAAAAAUGGGGAUUGUGGCUGGCAAAACAAAAAGAGUUUGAUCAAGAUAGCGAAGACAAAUACAUUAUUUUUGUUAAUAAAAUUAAAACAGAAUUUAAAGAUGAUUCAAUACUGAAUAAUCCAGCUCAUCUGUUAGGUUAUGCCAAUGAACUGAUUAAAUUUUUUAACAAUUGGCGAGGUAAAACUGAUGUGUUUAAAUAUUGGAAUGACCUUAAUAAGGAAAUAAUCGAGACUUUGAAGCAGGUAAUCAAAUUAGAUCCAGAUUUAUCAUUUUAUGCUCACUACCACAUUGUUAGCCAAAACUUUAAAAUAGUCAGCAAAAAUUGGACUGAGAAAGGACGCAAAUUGCAACAUGCUGAUAUAGAAGAAGCAAUAAAUCAUCUGACAGAAUCAAAACAACUUAUUGAGAAUAUUGAAAUUUCGCGGCUUUACAAGCAUAUAGAGCUAUAUAAACAGUGUUCACUUAUAUACAAAGAAAAAGACUCAACUUUACCAGACAAACAGGAAGAAGUAAGUAAAUUGUUUAUGCAAGCAAAUGAAACGUUAACUGUUUGGCAAAAUUGGUUAAAUAACAUCAAUGACAACCUCAAAGCAAUUAAAGACUCAAUAAAGUUAAUAGAUGUAAUUGUCGAACGAGUUGAUAAGUGGGAGUCGAUAAGUGGGAAUUGUGUAGACGGAGUCGAUAAGUGGGAGUCGAUAAGUGAUUGUCGUGUAGUGGGAGGUUGUGAACAAGUGGGAGUCAGUAGUAAUAAUAAGCAAAUAUGUAAAUUAACAAACAUUAAAGAAGUGCAACUGCGACAAUCUUCUUUGAAAGGACAAGCGGCUUCGCCUUGGUCAACUCCUUGUAUAGAUAAACAAUUUUCAGACGAAAUGACGGAAAAAUCUGACAAAGACUUAAAUAUUAGGUAUGGGCUUAAUAUAAAACAAACUAUUCUUUUUUUAAACGAACUACCUUCUGAUAGUGUGGUCUCUUUACAAUUUCAUAACUUACGAGAAAUCAGAGAUAUGCAUUUAUACAAAAUAAGAUCUGACUUUACUAAUGUGUUAGAAAAUGUUUUCAAAGAAAAAAGUUCUGAACAAAUACAAAUUGAUGUUAAUUUUAAGAAAAUUAGCAUAAGUAAAGCAAUUAAACUGCUUCCUCAACAAAGAAUAUACUCUAUUAAAGCAGAAAAAAGCACCGAUCAACGCCAUUGGAUACUCCAGAAAGCUGGUAAUAGUUCUAAGAAGGUCAAUAUAUUGUAUCAUACUCUGGGGAACGCACUUGAAAACUGGUGCCAUGACUUGCAAGGUGUUGAAACUAUAGCUCUAAAUUUAACAUUUUCUAAUCUAAUAAAAUUGCCAGAGAAAUUAUAUGAAGAAAUUUUGUCUAAAAUAAAAGUUACGUUAACUGAAAGUGAAACGCUUGUUAAAGUGGAUAAAAAAAUGAUCAUAAAAAAAGUAUCUCAAGUUAAUGCUAUUAAGAUUUUGAAUUACCUGAAAUCUAAAGAAGAGUUUUCCUGCAUCGAGGUAGAUUUAUGUUUUACGGAAAUAGUGCAAGAGGGACUACCGAAACGACAAGCAGAGCAGAUAAUUUACCUUAACAUGAAGUACAUAAAAAAUGCCAUAAUUUCACUUAAAAACUUACCUCAGUCUCAUGCAUUAAGUCUAGUCAAAAAAUUGAAAAUAAAAGAAGAAACUUUUGCAAGGCCAAAAUAUUUUGAGAUGGAAAAAUAUUUACUGCCAGCAACUAAUCAGGAUGAAAUAUCUGAAUUUAAAAUAAAUGAAAUUAGAUAUAUAUUUACUCUUAGUGAGUCAGUUCCGUUUAAAACAGCUACAUUUGCUGUACUUUUUCUUCUUAUAGCAAUCCAAGUCAUAGGUGGCAAAGUUCUUGGGUCCACUGGCAUAGGUAUUCCUUUUGCUGCCCAUUUAGUUUCCGAAGGAUUUUCAGAUAUUUUACAGUUGAUUCAGAUCUUCACAGGCACUUUUUCAUGGACAACUUAUGCGCUUAUCAAAGCAGCAGGGCUAGGAUGCCAUAUAAUUGGUGAAUCACUCACCGCAUUACAAACAGCAAACGCAAAUAUUAACGCCACAAAUAAUGUUGGAGCAAUAACCCAGAUCGGGAGUAAAUUUGGUGAUGAUGCUGCUAGUAGUGCUUCAAUUUGGACAAAAAUAUUAAGUAAAUUAAAGACUUCUUUACCCAGUUUUGGCUCAAAAGUCCUCAUUGCAACUUGUAAUCAAGUUAUUCAAAACGGUACACAACAUUAUCUAAAGUCAAUACAAGAAACAAAGCAGGAAAAACUGAAAGCUGAAGUAGAAAAAGAAUUAUUUAAUUUUUUAGAAGAAAAUAAAUCCCUCCUGACUAGAAUUUUUGCAAAAAAUGCAAUGUUGCCCUCAAAAAAUAUUAGCUACACUUUGGAAAAAGAAUUAGAAAAAGUUCCUACAACCGUUAGUAAAGAUUUUCAAUUGCAAGUAAAAAAAAUAUUGGAAACAAUUGACCAUAUGUAUAAUUGUGAAGAGGUUUUAAAUGAAAAAAUUAAUCCAAACAACAAAUACUUAAUUAGACAAGAAAUUCAAAACAUUGUCAAAUUUUAUAAGGAAAAGGGAUUUAUUGUUUCCGGUGAGUUUAAUCCGUACAUAAAGCAAACAGAGCUUACUAUAUCAACUACUCUUGAGAAGAGAGAAGUAGAAGGGGUUAUCAAAGACAUUUGUGAUAACUUGAUGGCCGAUUAUAGCACGGAAAUAUAUGAAUUCAGUAAAGAAGCAAUUUGGCAACUUGUUAAUAAUAAGUGCAACAAAUUAUCAAAUGAUAAGGAUCAGUUGUUGGCCGCUUUGAAUGUGGCAUGCUCAUUAGUGGAACUUUUCUCAAAACACAAUGCCGAAUUAUUUUUUUCUGCCAACAAAGCUCUGUUAGAUAAACAUCCUGCCUUUUUAAAGCAUAUUAAAAUAUUACUAGCAACUAAAACUCCUAAGGAUUGUAUAGAAAAAGUUCAAAAUAUAAGACAAAAAUAUAAGUUCAUCAAAACCGGUACUAAAACUUUGGUGAGAUUGGGAUAUGAAAACCUUGUUCUUUCUGAUCAUAUUGCAAAAAUCUUUGAUUUAUUAGAUUACCAAUCAAAAGAUUCUGAACCAAGAGUUGCCUAUCAAGCUAAAAAUUCAGGUGAUCUUGAUUACGUUUGCAAAAAAGAUCUACAAAAUCAAAGUUUUAUUCUAAUUGAACAAGUUUUUUCUCACUCAGAACAUAUUUUAGUACAGCUUACUAAUGAAGAUGGGAGUAUUAUUACCUACCUUCCAAAAAUAGCUACGGUGAUUCUCUCAUACUUUCCUUUUGUAUUUUCUAAUUUUAAAAUUUAUCUCAGUUAUUUUACGGACAAAUCUUUAUAUAUAGACCAAAAGGUUAUUUUAAAGCUUGUGAAAGAUGGUACACUAUGGGAGUCAUUUUUUAAAUUAAGUACAAAACUUUCAAACUUUUUUCAAGUACUGCAAAAAUUCAUAGAUUUGGAACAGCUUAAAGAAAACGGAUUUCUAGAUGAAGAAGGAUUAACUUUGAUAAAUAGUGCAGUAUCAAACCCAAUGAUGUUUAAAAAAUUACAUUUCUUAUUAGCUAAUCAUUUUUUUGAUUGUGAGCAACAAGAUUGGUAUGAAAUUAAUUCGUUAGCUUUAGAUUUACUUGAAAAAAUUAAAUCAAUGAAAAAAAAUUCUGAGCAUUAUUUUAUUUCGAAAAAAGGCAUUUUCGAGCAGCGCUUUUUUUUAAAAUAUUACAGUUCCACUUCACAGCAGUUAGAACUAAACUUUAAUAUUCCCGAUCAUAUUGACCCUAUUAUAAAUAAUAUUAACCUUAUAUAUAAAAUUUUUCAAAGUUAUACUAAAGGAAGAAUGUUAAAAGCUCUGGUCAAAUUCAUUGAAUUUUUACAAUUAGAACCUAAAUUUUGUAACUAUAUAGCUGCUACACCUCAUAUUAUAUCUAAUAUAUUAAAUAUUCUCCGAUAUUUUAAAGAGUUUGUAGAUGUAUGCGUAGACGAAGAUGUAAAUAAUGAUGUAUACGUAAAUGAAAAUGAAGAUAGAGAUUUUUAAGUAGAAGAAGAUGUAGAUGAAAUGUAUUCGUAGAUGUGUUUUUGAUAGAUUUCAAAAGACAGUGUUUAAAGAAAAUGGAAAUGACAACACUUCAUUGCUAUAUACUUAUAGAACCCCAUGUAAAAUUUUAAUAAUAGUAUUGAUGUAUUAAUUGUAUUAAUGAUUUUUUGCAAUGAUUCGCAGAUGA